GACAUGGCGUGCGGCUUCCGCAGGUCCAUCGCUUCUCAGCUUUCCAAGGUUUUGGAUCUUCCACCAGAAAACUUGAUCAAGUCAAUUUCCGCAGUUCCAAUUUCCAAAAAAGAAGAAGUAGCUGAUUUUCAGCUUUCUGUGAAUUCUCUAUUGGAAAACAACAGUGACCAGUUGAGAACAGAUAUUCAAGAUCAAGCCAGGAGACUGGCAGAGAAGCUAAAAUGUGAUACAGUUGUGAGUGAAAUCAGCACUGGUGAAGGGACUGUAAAUUUCAAAAUAAACAGAGAGCUAUUAACAAAGACAGUGUUACAAAAAGUAAUUGAAGAUGGCCCAAAAUAUGGAUUAAAAAGUGAGCUUUUCUUUGGUUUUCCCCAUAAGAAGAUAGUGGUUGAAUUCAGUUCACCUAAUAUUGCCAAAAAAUUUCAUGUUGGACAUUUGCGUUCUACCAUCAUAGGCAAUUUUAUAGCAAAUCUCAAAGCAGCUUUAGGACAUCAAGUAACAAGAAUAAACUACCUUGGAGAUUGGGGCAUGCAAUUUGGUCUUCUGGGAACUGGCUUUCAGCUGUUUGGCUAUGAAGAAAAACUCCAAUCCAAUCCCUUACAGCAUCUUUUUGAUGUGUAUGUACAAGUUAAUAAAGAAGCAGCAGAUGAUAAAAAUGUAGCACAAUCAGCACAUGAGUUCUUCAAGCGAUUGGAACUGGGAGAUGUACAAGCACUUUCACUGUGGCGAAAAUUUCGGGACUUGAGUAUUGAGGAGUACAUUCAGAUUUACAAGCGUCUCGGAGUACACUUUGAUGAAUACUCAGGAGAAUCGUUUUAUCAUGAAAAAUCUCAAGAAGUUUUAAAAUUGCUGGACAGUAAAGGACUUCUGCAGAAAACUAUAAAAGGAACGGCUGUAGUGGAUCUCUCUGGGAAAGGUGACCCCUCCUCAAUUUGUACUGUAAUGCGAAGUGAUGGGACUUCUCUUUAUGCAACCAGAGAUCUUGCAGCUGCUAUAGAUCGAAUGGACAAGUAUAAUUUUGAUACAAUGAUUUAUGUGACAGAUAAAGGACAAAGAAAGCAUUUUCAGCAAGUGUUCCAGAUGCUGAAGCUCAUGGGAUAUGACUGGGCAGAGAGGUGCCAACAUGUGCCCUUUGGAGUAGUGCAGGGAAUGAAGACUCGAAGAGGAGACGUUACUUUUCUGGAAGACGUUUUAAAUGAGAUUCGAUUAAGAAUGCUACAGAAUAUGGCGUCCAUUAAGACAACUAAAGAACUUGAGAACCCACAGGAGACUGCAGAAAGAGUCGGCCUUGCAGCACUCAUUAUUCAGGACUUCAGAGGUUUACUAUUAUCUGACUAUCAGUUCAGCUGGGAUCGUGUUUUCCAGAGUCGCGGGGACACAGGAGUCUUUCUACAGUACACACAUGCACGUCUGCACAGUUUGGAAGAAACUUUUGGGUGUGGCUAUCUGAAUGAGUUCAACACAACUUGCUUACAAGAGCCACAGUCUGUUUCAAUUCUCCAGCAUCUUCUAAGGUUCGACGAGGUACUUUAUAGAUCGUCUCAGGACUGUCAGCCCAAGCAUAUUGCCAGUUAUCUUCUAACUCUCAGUCAUCUUUCAGCUAUGGCACAUAAAACACUACAAAUAAAAGGCAGUCCACCUGAAGUGGCUGGGGCCAGACUUCAUCUUUUCAGAGCUGUCCGUUCAGUGCUAGCCAAUGGAAUGAAACUUCUUGGAAUAACACCUGUAUCUCGGAUGUAAUCUCUAAUGAUAACAGCUUUUACAUUGCUAAAUGAA